AUGCUGCCCAGCGAUACCGAAAUGGACCGUCAUGGCUCAGGAGUCCUCUUCGUCUCUCACCUGGCUAUCGAUCGCCCGGAGCAAAGCGAGCUAUCUAAAUUGUCGAAAUACGCCUUCCAAGAUGGGACACGAUUCUUUUGCGGAACUUGCGGUUGUCAUUUGUUCCAGACGAUCACUGUCUCUUCGGCGCUGGCCUCGCUAGCCCAAAGCCCGGGAGGUUCGCUUGCACCCGCAGCCCUGGCUGACACGCACGAAAUCUUCGUGGUUGCCACUGGAGUAAUCACAGAAAGUCCGGAUGAGAAAGUACAAAUACAUAUGGGGAGAGCACCCAAGGACGAUACUCGCGAUGGCGGGCUGGAGCCAUGGUUGCCUGUGGCUGAGAUGAAGGGGCGGACACAAAAGACAGAAGCAAAACCACCGUCAGAAUCCUCCUUCGACUCAGUCUCAGCGGCCUGUGGAUGCGGAAAUGUGCAACUACUGGUCCAGCGGCCUCAGCGUUUGUUGGGAUCAGACGACUUCGGCCGCAAAGGGGCUGAACUUCCAUACUCUCCAUAUCCUGACCUCAUGUUCCCUUACAAAACUACUCCAAAAGAAAAGGUGGACAAUCCUUCACAUGAGAAGUGGUUCCUCCGCAAGACAGGUGAACAGUCCAGAUAUCUCGCCGGGACAUGUGCGUGCAAGUCAUGCCGACUGGUCACGGGCUACGAAAUACAGACCUGGGCUUUCAUACCCAGAGUGGCCAUCAGCAUCUGCGUUUCGCAAAAGUCCGCAAGUAUCAGAACGGAGUUGAACCCCUCUACGAACAAUGAAGCACAAGCUACCGACUCUUACAUCACCCUCGAGUUCGAAGAGCUGGCCAACCUACCCACCGGCCGAAACCCGCUUCGAUCCUAUGAGUCGUCCCCAGGGGUUUUCCGCGAGUUCUGCCACGUUUGCGGUGCCACAGUCUUCUGGCAUUCGAAAGUGCGCCCUGACUUGAUCGAUGUAAGCGUUGGCCUGCUCCAGGCAAGCGAGGGUGCGAGGGCCGAGAGUCUGCUUGAGUGGUGGCGGGGGAGGUGCAGCUUUGCUGAGGAUGCGGGACUGGACCGGAAGGGUUGGAUCAAAGAUUGGGCUGAGAGCCUUAUUCAGGGAUUGGAGCACGGCAUGAAGGGAGAGUAA